CGCCUGCCGGCUGGGGAUGCUCGCCCCCUAGGCGGCGGCGGGGGAUGCCGCGAAGCGUGUGACGCUGGGCGGAGGGUCUGGCUGUCGCAGCGCCGGGGCGGGCAGUGCACCGCGCGGGGCUCUCUCGGGGAGGAUGCCCGGAGCGGCGGCGGGGGCGGCGGCGGCAGCCUCGGCAGCGGCGGGGAUGCUGCCGGCUCAGGAGGCGGCCAAGCUCUACCACACCAACUACGUGCGGAACUCGCGGGCCAUCGGGGUGCUCUGGGCCAUCUUCACCAUCUGCUUUGCCAUCGUCAACGUGGUGUGCUUCAUCCAGCCCUACUGGAUCGGCGACGGCGUGGACACCCCUCAGGCGGGCUACUUCGGGCUCUUCCACUACUGCAUCGGCAACGGCUUCUCCCGGGAACUCACCUGCCGGGGCAGCUUCACGGACUUCUCCAGCCUGCCCGCGGGAGCCUUCAAAGCCGCCUCCUUCUUCAUCGGGCUCUCCAUGACGCUCAUCAUCGCCUGCAUCGUCUGCUUCACCCUCUUCUUCUUCUGUAACACGGCCACCGUCUACAAGAUCUGCGCCUGGAUGCAGCUGACCUCGGCUGCCUGUCUCGUCCUGGGCUGUAUGAUUUUUCCUGAUGGCUGGGAUUCAGAUGAGGUAAAACGGAUGUGUGGUGAAAAGACAGACAAGUACACACUUGGGGCUUGUUCAGUCCGCUGGGCAUAUAUCCUGGCUAUUAUUGGAAUCUUGGAUGCCCUGAUCCUCUCGUUUCUGGCAUUUGUGCUUGGCAACAGACAAGACAGCUUGCUAGCAGAGGAACUCAAGUUGGAAAACAAAGAUGAUGGAAAUGCUUAAAACAAACUAAGGUAGUAUGAAACUGACUAAUUCCUGCUAAGCCAAUCCUCACUAGAAUGAGCACAAAACAAAAUGAGUAACUGCUUUUGUACAUCAACAUUAAAUGGAAAGAAGCUUGAGGAGCCUUCAAUGGAGAAGAAUGUUGACAAGUGCAAAAAUGCCUGAUUGGUAAGAGCUGCCUUCUAAACAUAGAUCAGCCAGGCAUGGAAGUGAUUUUCUGAAGAGAGAUGCAAUCAUGGAUUACACACCAGCUCAUUAGAAACUGUCACUGAAUACAGCAUUCAGAAGACAUGCAUGAAAAGUCACAUUUAGGGAAUAAAUUAAAAGGGAUGUAGUUGUUGCUAGGCAAAACUUAUGUAAUAUAUGCAUUGAAAAGGUUUGUAAACUCAUUUUUUUAUUCAACUGAAAAGCAAAAAGCUUUAAAACCUUUCACAGUAGAGAGAGACAGUUAACUCAAGACUAUUUCUGUUCCAGUAGCCAGGAAACUGAUAGGACAUCACUCUUAAAUAAGCAUUUAUAAAUAGACUCUGAAUGUUUCCAUCUCCUAGAGGAAAAAGUAUAACUUUUACUGCAGCAUUUCUGCACUUUGUUUAUUUCACUGUAUAAUAAAUUGGUUAAAAAUGUAAAGCUUCUCAAUUUUUACUGCAUAUGUCCUCUGUUUAAUUUAUGUCUGUAACAAACUUAUAACUGAAGAAUUAUUUCUGACAUAUAUUGUAGUUCUGUGAAGGCAUAUAUACAAUAAGUUUCAUCUUUCUGAAUGUCAUAAUACUGUUGAUUCUCAUGCAACAUAAGACUUGCUCCUAUUUAAGGUGGCAAAAUAAAACCACUUAUUUACAAAAAGAAAAGGGAGGGGGAGAAAUUACUUGACACCUGAAAUGUAACACACAGCUGCAGUUAAGCACUUUUGUAUUUUUUCCUGUUCUAUGUCAUAUAAUCACUUAAAUGAAAUCCAGUGGCCUGUGUUCUACAGGAGGUCAGAGAAGAUGAUCUAAUGGUCCCAUCUGGCCUUACAAUCUAUGAAUCUGACUAGUAAACAGGUACAUUUUACAGAAAACUAUGUAAAAGCCCUGGGCCAGAUUCACUGCUAUGCUCUGGCUGCUUUGUGUGGUGUGAUGCAGCUGGAGCACAGCAGUGACUGUGGCCCUUCACGUUUUAUUUUGCUUAUGUGGUGUGAGAGGCAUAUUACCACCGAGUUAUUCUGACUUCUGUGCAACAUUUUGUUGCUAUUCAUAAGGUUCCUUGCCAAGCAAACUCAUUCUGGAAAGCAAUUGAAUAGUAAGAGCAGUCUGAGGCCUGGAAUGUGAGCAGAUAAUUAUUCUAGAGAGGAGUAUUUUAGAAGUGAGCAGCCUUUGUAUUAUUUCCUGAAGCAAUUCUAAGUUCAGAAGAUUUGGAAGGCCACUAUGAUACUUGCUGGCAUUCAGAAAAAGAAGCUAGAAUAACAAUUGAUUAUUAUUACAGGCCCCAAUAACAAAUAGCUCUUGAAGAGGUACAGAGAUAAAACAAAAAGAAGAACAGGAGUACUUGUGGCACCUUAGAGA